CGAAAAAUAAAAAAAAAACGAAGCGAAAGCGAGGCUGCUGUCUCACGGCUGCGGCGGUUCGGGCUCCUCCUCCAGACUCGAGAGAUGGCCGCCGGUGCGGGAGGCGGCGAACUGGAGGCGCUGGAGGGCGUGCGCUCCAUCGUGCUCAAGCCGUCGGAGUCGCUCGACGAGUCGCGGUUCACGAGGAUCGCCGGCGCCGACUUCAACGACCCGGCCGUCGGACUCGAGGGGCUGCUCGCCUCGCUCGCGUCCACCGGGUUCCAGGCAUCCAACCUCGGCGACGCCAUCGACGUCGUCAACCAGAUGUUAGACUGGAGGUUGUCGCAUGAGAAGCCCAGCGAGGAUUGCGAUGAAGCUGAACUUGACCCUAAAUAUAGAGCAUCUGUGAAGUGCAAGAUAUUUCUGGGCUUCACCUCGAACCUCGUGUCUUCUGGCAUCCGGGAUAUAAUCCGUUUUCUAGCUCAGCAUCACAUGGUGGAUGUUAUUGUUACAAGUGCUGGGGGUAUAGAGGAGGAUCUCAUUAAAUGCCUUGCACCAACUUACAGAGGCGAUUUUUCUUUACCUGGAGCACUGCUGCGGUCAAAAGGACUGAACCGGAUAGGAAAUCUGUUGGUGCCCAAUGACAACUAUUGCAAGUUUGAGAACUGGAUCAUGCCACUCUUCGACCAGAUGCUACAGGAGCAAUCUACUGAGAAUGUUUGGACACCGUCGAAGGUGAUAGCGCGCCUUGGCAAAGAAAUAAAUGAUGAAAGCUCCUAUCUUUAUUGGGCAUACAAGAAUAACAUCCCUGUAUACUGCCCAGCAUUGACUGAUGGAUCACUUGGAGACAUGCUGUUUUGUCAUGCAGUUCGUAAUCCUGGCCUUAUUAUUGACAUUGUACAAGAUAUACGUCUGAUGAAUGGGGAAGCCAUCCAUGCAACACCAAGGAAGACAGGGAUUAUAGUUCUUGGUGGAGGCCUUCCAAAGCAUCAUAUAUGCAAUGCCAAUAUGUUCCGCAAUGGUGCAGAUUAUGCUGUGUAUAUUAACACGGCUCAAGAGUUUGAUGGUAGCGAUUCUGGAGCACACCCCGAUGAAGCAGUCUCAUGGGGCAAGAUUAAGGGUUCAGCAAAACCUGUAAAGGUGCAUUGCGAUGCAAGUAUCGCUUUCCCGCUUCUUGUUGCAGCAACAUUUGCACGUAAGGUUCAUAACUCCAAAUGAACAGACUGAAUGGGAUUCGGUGGAGUGAAUGGGCAACAGAAUUUUGUUGAACUCUCCAAAUGACCUUUUGGAGCACGAGGUCUACUUCACUUGCACAGGGAUCAUGUGCAAAUUUUUUCGGUGACUCGCGGCAACCACAUGCCAUCAUUCUUCGAUGUUCACUUGAUGCUGUACUAGCUGGUUGAUAGCAUUUUUGUUACAACAGAUAAUUUAUUGAAAUACAGACAUACGAUUGUCCAUCCGAGUCGUCUGCUUACGAUUUUUUUGUAGACGAAACAUCUGCUUACGAAAUCGACAAAUGGCCUGUUUUAUGAACACGUUUUUUUUUUC